AUGUCCACAAUCCACGCGUGCGUGAACUUGACUGCUUACAUGGCUCUCUCAUCACCGAUUCUGGCUUUGCUCAACGAGCCAGACUACGGCCUUAAAGAGCACGCGCUGCAGGCGCUAAACAAAUCCGUGGACGAAAUAUGGCCUGAGGUUGCAGACCAUCUUGCUCAAAUCGAGGAGCUGUUCGAGGACCCGAGCUUCCCCGCCCAAACGCUGGCGGCGCUCGUAGCUUCGAAAGUGUACUACCAUUUGGGUGAUUUCGACCAGUCGGUUCAGUUUGCUCUUUAUGCGGGUGCACACUUGGAUAUGAGCUCAGGAACUGAGUACACGAACACCAUCGUUGCCAAAGCCAUUCGUCAUUAUGUUGACUUACGCCAGCAGCAAUACGACCCGCGCGAUGCAGACGAUACCACCACCAUCGAUUCGAAGUUGGUUUCGUCCAUUGAGGCUCUGUUAGAAAACUGCGUCAAGAGCGGUCAAGUUACCAUGGCUCUUGGUGUAGCGUUGGAGGCCCGACGUUUGGACAUUGUAGAGGCCAUCCUCCGGGAAAAGAAUUCCACGGAAAUCUUCUACUUUGUUUUCGAUUGCUGUACUCGUCUCGUCUCUCACCGCGAGUUCCGCAAUAAAGUGCUGUUCUCCCUCCAUCAGUUGUUGACCGCAGACAAGGCCACAUCUGAUUCGACCCUUGUAACCAAAAUCAUCGUGCAGCUUGACCGGGCUGAUCUUGCAAUCCAGCUUUUCGAGAGUCUCAUCGAUACCGACACGCCACUUGCUUAUCAGGUUGCAUUUGAUUUGGUCACCGGGGCUAGCCAACAGCUAUUGACAGAGACAUCGGUGGCGUUCGAGACCGCUGUUGACCAGCGUAGAGCCAAGCUCGUUAAAAUUCUAUCUGGCGUGCCAACCUGUGACUACGAGAUUACAUUCUUGCAGCGCAAUAACCACGCCGAUAUGACUGUACUCAAUCGCACAAAAAAUGCUUUCGAUUCGCGCAACUCGAUGUUCCAUUCGGCUGUCUCCUUCCAGAGUGCAUUCCUUCUUGUGGGAACCACAUGCGAUACUUUCUUCAGAGAAAAUAUCGACUGGCUGGGUCGUGCCCAACAUUGGACAAAGUUUACUGCUACCGCGGCUUUGGGCGUUAUCCACCGGGGUAACCUCACCCAGGGCCGUCGAAUCCUCAAACCGUACCUGCCCGGUGGUCAAGGUAGCUCCAGCCAUUCCCGUGGUGGUUCACUUUAUGGCUUGGGAUUGAUUUUUGCUGGAUUUGGCGCAGAAGUCCUCGAGUACUUGCAAGGCCAGAUUAUUGGUUCCUCGCUGGACGAGACUCAGGACCGAUCGGAUGACGAAGAUGUGGUUCUUCAUGGCGCGUGCUUGGGUGUAGGCCUGGCCGCUAUGCGUACCGGUGAUAUUGAUGUAUAUGAGAACCUUCGUACCGUUCUUUACACUGACUCGGCAAUCGCUAGUGAAGCCGCUGGUUUGGCUAUGGGCUUGGUUAUGCUCGGAUCGCAGUCUGAAAUGGCUGAAGAAGAAAUGCUCCAGUAUGCUCAUGAUACAAAGCACGAGAAAAUCAUCCGCAGUCUUGCCCUGGGCCUUGCUCUUUUGAACUAUGGUAAAGAAGAAGGCUCUGAUCCAUUGAUUGAAAAAUUAAUGGCAGAACAAGAUCCUUUGCUUCGAUACGGUGGAUGUUUCACCAUUGCGUUGGCUUAUGCAGGUACCGGUAACAAUAAGGCCAUCAAGACUUUGCUGCACACUGCCGUCUCCGAUGCUAGUGACGACAUUCGUCGUGCGGCAGUGAUUGGCCUUGGCUUUAUUCUACUGCGCAAUCCGUCAGCCUUGCCCCGAAUGGUUGAGCUGCUCUCUGAAUCCCACAAUCCUCACGUACGCUACGGCACUACCAUGGCCCUGGGUGUUGCAUGUGCUGGCACGGCUAUGAGUGCUGCCGUGGACGUUCUAGAGCCAAUGAUGAAGGACCCCGUUGACUUUGUUCGUCAAGGUGCUAUGAUUGCCCUGGCAAUGAUUCUGAUCCAGCAGACUGAUCAGACUCCAAGGGUUAGUGGUCUGCGUGAACAGUUUGCCAAUGUCAUUGCUGCUAAGCACGAAGAUGCGAUGGCCAAAUUCGGUGCUGCCAUCGCUUUGGGUAUUAUAGAUGCUGGUGGAUGCAGUACAACUAUCUCCCUCGAAAAUCCACAAACAGGCAACCUCAAUAUGAAGGCGGUGGCUGGUCUCGCCGUGUUCUUGCAAUACUGGUAUUGGUUCCCCCUGGCACACUUCUUGUCGUUGGCGUUCACUCCAACUACUAUUGUUUGUGUGGGAGAAGAUCUCAAGAUUCCAGAAUUCAAGUUGGAUUGCAUGGCUUCUCGAUCGUUGUUCGGAUACCCUCCCCGGUUGGAGGAAGAAAACUUGAAGGCUCCAGAGCAGCUGCUGACUGCAAUCCUCUCUACAACACUCAAGGAUAAGCGUCGGGCUAGAGCUCGUGCUCUUGCUAAGGGUGAGAAGGAUCCUGAGAAUAAAAUGGAUGUUGACGACGCGCCCAAAGCGAGCAAGGACGCCAAGGAGAAAGAAGCCAAGGAAACCGAGACAAAAGCCGAGACAAAGGCCGAGACAAAGGCCGGUGGUAAAGCCGAGAAAGACCAGGAAUCCGAGUCUGGCUCUUAUCUUAUUGAAAACAUGUCUCGUGUUGUCCCUUGGCAGCGCGAGCACAUCGAGUUCACGAGCUCUCCGUUUGAGCCUGUCGUAGAGCAUCAACGCUCCGGUGUGAUUGUAGUUCGCCAAACGAAACCGGGUGACUACAAAGUAAUCAAAACUCUCCGUCAAGCUUCGAAUAUUGAGGAUGAGACUGAAGAGGCGCCCCUCCCCAGACCUUUCAUGCUACCUGUCGAAUAA